GACUUGAAGCCGCACGCUAGGUUGCGCGGGUGGGUUGUCGGUUGUAAAUCCAUGUGGCGUGAACUGUGGACCCUGGCUGUCCGGGCGGCAUGUGGGCCUCGCAGACUGUGCACCUUCCAGAGAAGCCGCGUUCCGGCUCUCAACUCCGGAACCACCAUUUUCGCGUUAAGCUCGGGCCAAGGCCGCUGCGGAAUCGCGGUAAUCCGGACCAGCGGCCCUGCCAGCGGCUACGCCCUAGGGAUCCUCACAGCGCCCCGGGACCUACCCCCGGCCCGCAAAGCCAGCUUGCGCCUGCUCAGCGACCCCCGCUCUGGGGAGCCUCUGGACCGCGCACUGGUGCUCUGGUUUCCAGGUCCCCAAAGUUUCACUGGUGAGGACUGCGUGGAGUUCCACGUGCAUGGAGGCCCAGCUGUAGUGAGCGGUGUUCUGCAGGCCCUGGGAAGUGUGCCUGGGCUUCGGCCAGCAGAGGCAGGAGAGUUCACCAGGCGCGCAUUUGCCCACGGGAAGCUGAACCUGACCGAGGUGGAGGGGCUGGCAGAUCUGAUCCAUGCAGAAACUGAGGCGCAACGGCGGCAGGCCUUGAGGCAGCUGGACGGGGAGCUGGGCCACCUCUGUCGUGGGUGGGCUGAGACUCUCACGAAGGCUCUGGCCCAUGUGGAGGCCUAUAUCGAUUUUGGGGAGGAUGACAACCUAGAAGAGGGGGUCCUGGAGCAGGUGGACUCUGAAGUUCGGGCACUGGAGGUGGCACUGCAAACACAUCUAGGAGAUGCCAGGCGUGGACAGAGGCUCCGGUCAGGGGCACAUGUUGUGGUCACUGGACCCCCCAACGCCGGCAAGAGCAGCUUGGUGAACCUGCUCAGCCGGAAGCCUGUAUCCAUUGUGUCCCCAGAGCCAGGGACCACCCGUGAUGUGCUGGAGACCCCGGUGGACCUGGCGGGGUUCCCUGUGCUGCUGAGUGACACAGCGGGUUUGCGGGAGGGCAUUGGGCCAGUGGAGCAGGAAGGCGUGCGGCGUGCCCAAGAGAGGCUAGAGCAGGCCGACCUCAUUCUGGCCAUGCUGGACGCCUGUGACCUGGCCUCUCCCUCCAGCCGCAACUUCCUAGACAUGGUUGUAGCCCCCACUGGAGCCCAGAACCCCAGUAAGAGUAGCCAGCGCCUUCUGUUGGUGCUGAACAAGUCGGACCUGCUGCCCUCUGGGAGCCCAAGUCUCAUUCCUGAUUUGCCUCCCUACCUGCUGCUGUCGUGCUUGACUGGAGAGGGACUGGACAGCCUCUUGGAGAUGCUGAGAAAGGAGUUGGUUGCAGUGUGUGGGGACCCAUCCACAGGCCCACCGCUCCUGACACGUGCAAGGCACCAGCAUCACCUCCAGGGCUGCCUGAAUGCUCUUAGCCACUAUAAGGAAUCGAAGGACCUGGCCCUGGCAGCUGAGGCACUGCGUGUGGCCCGGGGGCACCUGACCCGGCUCACAGGUGGAGGGGGCACUGAAGAGAUUCUAGACAUCAUCUUCCAGGACUUCUGUGUGGGCAAGUGAGGGGAAAGUACAAGCUCAGACCUAGGUUGUGUGGGUGCCUAGAGUCUUGGGGGAUUUGAAAACAGCUUGGGCCAAAUGGAAUUCCUAUCCACUCAAGGAAGAACCUGAUUACAAAACAGUGAAGCAGGCUGGGCAUGGUGGCUCACACCCGUAAUCCCAGCACUUCGGGAGGCCGAGGUGGGAGGAUCACUGUAGGCCAGGAGUUCAAAACCAAACUGGGCAACAUAGUGAGACCUUUUCUCUAUAAAAAAUAGAAAAAUAAGCUAGGCAUGGGGGUGUGUGCCUGUAUACCCAGCUACUUGGGAGACUUGAGGCAGGAGGAUCGGUAGAGCCCAAAGGUUUGAGGCUGUAGUGAGCUAUGAUGAGGCUACUGCACUCCCAAUUGGGUGACAGAGCAACACCUGUCUUAAAAAAAAAGAAGGCAACAAAACAAGGAAGCAGAGCAGCUGCCUUCAGGGAUUGUGAGCUUCCUGCAUUAACUUGCUAGAGAUUUAGGCCCUUGAGUCCCUUUUGGGUAUCGGAUGCUGGGGGAUCUAAGUGGAGGUUUAGGAAGAUCUCAGGGAGGUUUGUUUCCUAGUUUUUAAUUUAUUUUGCAAAUACCAAAGCAAUGUAAUAAACUUAAGUAAUUCAGAAUUGUUUUGAUAGGGAAAUUUCCCUUAAUCCCUCUCUUGGAGUCAUGGUUUAAUGUAUCU